AUGUCUCGAGGGAAUGACUAUGUUUUAGGCCGCGGCAUGGCUGACUCCAUACGGUGGAUGCGCAGCACCUACUUUGGAAGCUUCAUAGGGGCUAUGAGCUGCAUCCUCGAAUCCCCGAUAACCAGCGAUAUGAAGGUAGCUGAGGUUGGGACAGGGACCGCAAUCUGGAUAUUUGAUGUUGCAAGACAACUCCCAUCAACAGUCCAACUCCAUGGCUUUGACAUAUCCGAUAGUCAAUUCCCACCAAAGGAUUUACGGCCACAGAACGUCACUUUAGGGCUACUAGACUCCUUAGUUGACCCACCUGAAUCACUAGUCGGUCAAUAUGAUGUGGUUCAUCUUAGGAUGUGGGCAAGCAACCUGCGUGAAAGUGAUACGUCUUCACUGAUCAGCCACGUGAAACAUAUUCUAAAGCCUGGCGGGUAUAUCCAGUGGGAGGAUGCCGACUUGGUACACCAGGUUAUCAAAGGGGACACGGCGCACGAACUUGAGCAGCGCUUGAAUGAAAUAUUCAAAAGAGUUGGCCUCGACUACAAUUGGGUUUCUAAUUUACCAAACCUCCUACGUCAGGACGGCCUUAGCAUCCUGGAGUCCGACAGUGGUCACUUCAAACCCGACCUGGUGCAGUUGUGUACAAACACAUAUCUUCUGGCUCUUCGGGAGAUCCUUUUGGGCAUCAAGGAAAUGCUAGCUCAAGAUCUACUUCUUUCAGUUAGUGAGGUAGAAGUGGCUUUGUAUCGUCUAUGUUCAACAAACACAGACGGCACUAUAUACAACUGGUCCCCGAUAUCAUUGUUGGCCCAGAAGGAGGGUUAG